GCUCUCCGGCUGUUGGUCCACGGCAUGCUGGGAACUUUCCGCAUCCUGGCAUCCUUCGCUGGGUUCAUUCAUCAGUAGAACAAACGCCGUCAGAUGGGACAGAAGUGCUAGUGCCACAGAGGGAACCGAACCAAACGGAGGCUCCAAAAGGCGACAUCCUCGACUCGUUUGGCGCCAUAUUUACUCGGACCAAUUGGAGACGGCCACUCCGUAUUUACGUGACUGCGUGUGUGCGCGAGAUAGUCCUGUUUUUUGGUUCCCCCGUUUGUUUGUGUAAUUUCGCGCGCUUUUGUGUCGCCCGCUGGCUGGACAUCUUAUAUACCAAAGGGUCGGGAAAUAGGGCUCAAAAAAAGGGAUUUGAAAAGGCGUGAGAUUUGCGGCAGACUGCUGGACCACUGCCAGCGGACUGAAAUCUUAAUUAGCCGUUUAAUGGCAGUUGGCAGACAACAAAGCCUGAUGUUUGAAGAGCAGAUGCUGGGAAGUUUGGUUAAAGGCGUUUGGCUCAAGUUUGUGGCCCGCACAUGUGCAAUUAAUAAACAUCGUGUCGGAAAGUUUUCCCCAGUCUAAUUACAGUUGUUUUCCCGGAAGCAUCAUAAGAAGCAGCAUCAGAAGCAGCAGCAAAAUAAGGAACUGUAGCACAACCAAAAGCCGAUCAGCAGACCAUACAGCUUUGAGUGCUUUAUGGUCCCGAAGUGGCAUCCAAAGUCCUAACAACUAACUAACAAGAACAACAUCGGCUUAGGGCAGCAGGAAGUAUCAACACGAGCCAAGGAAACAAAGCAAUCUAUAAAGAUGGCCGGCGGGGGCAGGACAGCCGGCAAAUACGGUUACUCGGACAACAAUUAUUACAGUGGUCACUCGUACAAGAGCAUCAACGAUGAGAUUAUACUGGUCAGCAUCAUAAUGGGGAUUACCAUACUGGUGCUCAUCACCAUCGCCCUGUGCUACAUUGCGUAUGAGAAGUGCCAGAAGAAGCGGGAGUACUAUAUCAACGCCUAAGGGGUUCGAAUUCUUCCCCCACCUCAUCGGAAUAUCGAAGGAAGGGGCUUCCGUUCUUUUCGUCCUGUGUUUGUUCUCCCUUGCAGCGGUGGCACUGCAAGGCUAAAUGUCAACACGGUCUGCGACAAUGUUGACGUUGACGAUUUAGUUGGCCAACAAAAAUAACCCAGAGUGGCUGCAACCAAAUAAGAGGCUCCUCUUUUCCCCCCAACCCAAAAUCCCCGCCAGACACGUACACAAAUCGGAAAGCAGUGGAAUUUCUGCUGUUUAAACGUUCUCCGGCAUCUCUGUUGGUUUUUUGCCACAGUUGCAGCUUUUCUCAAGUGCCAGGAAGCAUGACUCUAUUGUUUGCCCACUGUGCACAGUGGGUGCCGCCUGGCACUUGACAUUUGUCCAGCCAAUUAGGCGUUUGAAUUUUGCCAUUUCGUAUUUUCCUUGGACUUGGUCGUUAGGAAAAAGAAUAAUCAACACAAAGGAUAAGUAAGCUUUUGGCUUUUUCAAUUCUGUACUAUUUGUGCGCUGCUCCAGACAAUUCCUACUUUUUAAGACUUUCAUAAAUUCUUGUUUUUAUGCCGCACCCGAGCAUUUCAAUUUAAAAUGCAAUUCGCUCGAAUUCCACCAUGCAGCAACCUUUUGUUUGUCAAACCGAGGAGGAAUAAUAAAAAAGAGCCAACCGAAACCUCACGCCACGGAAUAAUGGGGCCGAAAGAAAUAUAAGCGAUACUUUUGCAAGUGCGCUGUGUCGAUAUUGUUGCCCCAAACUGAAUGCUGGAAACAUUGUGCAUAUGUACACGGAGAGAAAAUGUUGUAACCUGUAGAGCAAAGAGUCGCAGAUAAUAGUCAUUCAGAGAUCUUAAAACGUUUACUUAUAUUUAUUUAAUUUGAUUCAUCAUUAUUAAUGCAAAUAGUAAAAAAAUAAUCAAAUUUUAAUCUUUAAAAAAAUUAAAUAUUUUUCAAUCAAUUUUUAAAGCAACAACCUUUUUUUAGAAAAUGAAAAUAUUCAAACGACAUAAGCUGGUUAAUUUUUAAAAUAUGUAUUACAGCUAAAACAGGCCACAACUAUUACAGUUCCAUUUAUUGAUGAUAAAUAAUUCAAAAGUAUGCAAACUUAAAAAAGUAUUUCUCUUACAUUUUUGACCAAUUUUAAUCUUAACCGAAAAAAAAUAAAAGCAGUAAGAUAAUUAAAGUUUUUUUUUUGUAAAACCAAAAUAUCAACAUUAUUUAAGUUUCAAUUUGUAAUUAAAUAUCAUAAAUCAUUAUCAACCUGAUUCGCCUCAAGCAUUUUACAAAUUGUACUUAUUAUUUGUUUUUUAAGUGUUAUUAAGGUUUAUAAGUUGUAUAAUAUGGCAUACUUUUUUCUCUGUGUGGUUUUACACACAUAUUCCAAUUUGGGAUAUUGACAGCGCGGGAGCAUUUAACCAACCAAUGGACAGGGACAGGGACCAGGGAGACAUUUGCAGCUAGUGAGUGACUUUUCUUAUAUCCCUUUUUUUGUUGGCCUUUUUGUCUGCUUUUCUGGGUUUCAUUUCUUUUUUUUUGGAUGGGUUCAAGACCGUAGCUCGAGGCUGAAAUAAUAAAAACAGCAACGGAAACUGGGUGCAGUGCACACGGACAAAGCGUAGAGGAACAAUAAAGGAAAUCGCCCAGCGAUUCCGUGGUAGCAAAGCGAUUCCGUGUCGGAGAUAAAGGCCAGAAAGAGUUGGCAUUAAAUUAGAGCAAAAUAGACCACAUUUAAAGAUCCUUCUGGCCAAACUAGGGGGUGGUCAUAAGUUUAAGCUCACGUUGGCGCCCGGAAGGCCCCACAAAAAUAUCUAUUCCGGCUCACAUCCCCCAAAAAAAAUACAAAAUAAAACCAACACACAUCCGCCUUUUUGGCCAUGUGUCGGGAACUCAAUGUUAAUCAGCUUAGACAACCUCCGUCAUCGGUUUCGAGGCAUUUUGUUGUUUUUCCUGUUUUUUUAGGGACAUCAAGAGGCCUAAAAGCAAACAAAUAAGUCGAUUUUCGUGGGUAUGGGGCCGAGCCUUACUCCCCCUGGAAAUGCUUUUAAAAAUUAAACAACUGAUAAAUGACAAAGUUCGUUGGACCAAAAAUUAUCGUUUGACAAAUUGGCAGGCCAUGAUGAGAGCUCAUCAAUUGCCUGGCAACCACGUGGAGACCGAGUCCUCUCAGAUCCUGCGGCUACAGAGCUCUUAGGGCAAAGCCAGACGAAUUACUUAUGACCAAAUGGGUCUAUUGACAUGGAAAAUUAACUCUGAGACGAUUUUACGUUGAAGGAUUUAUGAUGAAAGAACGCUUCAGUUAAAGUGAAGUCUGGAAAAUGUAUUUUUAUUAGGAUGGUUACUCAUAUAUUUGGCGAAUUGCUCCUGUCAUAUAAUUUUACUGCUCUUUUUAUAUAUAUUAAGCUAUUCUCCCUUCUUUUAUUUUCAAAGUUGAUAUAGGAGAAUUUGUUAAAGUUUUUAUUAACCCUUUCAAGCAGCUUAAGUUUCUCGUGUGUUAUUCAUAGAACAUUUUUUUUAACCCUUUAAAUAAAUCCCUACUUUUCACAACACAAAACUUUGACCACAAGCCGAACACAAAAGUUAACUUGACACUCAACCACCGAAAUGUACUUUAAUAGUUCAUCAUCAACAAUAGCCAUGGAAAGCGGAAUAUGGAAAGGAAAAAACUUUACUAAUUAUCCGUUAAGCAAGAAAAAUCCCAGCAUAAAAACCCAGACACGCUCAAAGAGCAACAAUAAAUUUUACGAUGUCCAUAAUAAAAAAGGAAAGAUUGCUAGAGCACGCAGAGCACAAAUUUUAGCACUUGUCGUGUGUCUGAGUUAGAAAAAAAUUGGGUUUCGGGGGGCAAUGGUUGGGGUUCGCAACUUAAAAUGCAUCCUUAUCCUUUAUUCUUUGAAGGGAAACUCACUUUCGCUGCGUGCGAAAAGAAUGACUCGUUACUUUAUAAGCGGACUCAGAUACACAACCACCCAAAAAACCUCCCAUAGCACACGUAGUCGACUUUACGUCCAGUUUUAUAGUUUUUUCUUUAUGUAUGGCUGUCUCACUAAUUGCCACAUGACUUGGCCAAAGAUGAAAGGACGCUCCAGGACGAAACGAAAUUAAUGAAAUUACUUUAGUGUCGCUGGAUGGGACGUAUUGUGUAUUGUAUAUGCAUUUAUCCAAUUGCACUUCGGGCGUAGCAUAUAGAUAUCUAUGUAACCAAGAUAGAUGUGACCACUUAUACCUAGUAAACUAUUGAAUUUGUAGCUAAUUCGAGGGCAGUGCAUCCUUUUUUGUCAUGAAAAGGGGGACCAAACGUACAAUGAAACAAAGAAUUCAAUACGAAAAAACGUGUACUUUAUUUUAACUAAUUAAAUUUAACUAAGUGAGAUCUAUAAAUGUUAAUAUAGUAGUGUGAAAAUUGUUAAAACUAUAUACGAUAUACUUUAUGUACAACAAUACAAUAAAGAAAUGUUUAUGCGUGUUAUCGAACUCAAACUGGGAUUUUAUUCGAACAUCUGAAAUAAUAAUGUUACU